UGAACUUUUGAUGUUACUGGAACAGGUGUGUAUUCGUUUUACAUCUCUCUUCCUGGGAGAUCAUUUCCUCCUGUUCAGAGAAGCAGGAUGCAUCUCUAGCCUGGAGUCUCGGUGACAUUUUAUGAAGCUGCCCUGCAUUGAGUGCCGUCAGUAAUUCAACAUGGGACGUUUGUCUCUCAAGAAUAAAGUCCCUAUCAUGGUUUCUCUGGCUCUGGUGUUUGCGUGGAGUGCCGCAGAGCGAGAGUACUUCCAUCAUCCGAGUGAUCUCACCUGGGAGGAUGCCAGGAACCACUGCCAGACCUGUUUCAAAGACCUGGUGACACUGACCCCCGAAAACAUCCAGAACAUCUCCAAGUUACUCACGUCUGACUGCUGGAUUGGACUCCGCAAGAACUCCAACAGCAACUCCACUAUGGACCCCACUAUGGACCCCACUAUGAACUCCACUAUGAACUCCCCUAUGGACCCCACUAUGGACCCCACUAUGGACCCCACUAUGAACUCCACAAUGAACUCCACUAUGAACUCCACUAUGAACUCCACUAUGCGUUGGUUCCGCUGGACCAACGGGGACCCCCUGAUCUUCCAGAACUGGUACCCUGGUUGGCCUGUGUUCAGAUCCUCCCUUCCAAACAGAUACUACUUUGUCUGCCAAGAAAAGCCCAGCCUGGAAACAACAACCCUGAAAAUUGUCCCCCCACCAACGGGAACUCCAGGAUCGGCCUUCCCACCAACGGGAACUCAAGAAUCAGCCGCCCCAGCAACGGGAAAUACAGAAUCGGCCUUCUCAGCAACGGGAAAUACAGAAUCGGCCUUCUCAGCAACGGGAACUCCAGGAUCGGCCUUCCCACCAACAGGAACUCAAGAAUCAGCCGCCCCAGCAACAGGAAAUACAGAAUCGGCCUUCUCAGCAACGGGAACUCCAGGAUGGAUCGCCCCUGCAACGGGAACUCCAGGAUUGACCGCCCCAGCAACGGGAACUCCAGGAUCGGCCGCCCCAACAACGGGAACUCCAGGAUCGGCCGCCCCAACAACGGGAACUCUGGGAUUGGCCACAGAAAACUCAACAAGCAAUUCCACCGAAUUUGACGCCACAGCCGCAACCACAGCCGCAACCACAGCCGCAGCAACACCAGCGUUACCAGCUCGAUGCAAAAUAACGCAGUGGCCAGAAGAAGCACAUUAUGUUCUGUUGCCAGAUUUCCUCAAGACUGAUGAAAACUACAUUGAAGACUCUUGUGUUGCCAUGCUCAGCUUCGGGCCGUGGGUUGAAAAGGAAUGCUCAGAGCGCCUCCCUUCCAUAUGUUAUGAAGAUCGUUUCUUUGGCGAAGUGAACGUGACUGACAAGACUUUCGACAGCGCCAAUCUUGCUUGGCGCAAGGGGCCUGGGAAUAUCGCCCAUUACCGCGUAGAGGUCAGAUACGACAACGUGCUGACACAGAAACACUCUACUGAAGAUUUGACAUAUAACCUCACCAACCUGACUUCAGGCACCCGCUACUCAGUCCAGGUGUUCGCUGUGAAGUGUUCGAGAGACCUGAACCCGCAAGAGGAGACCUUCUACACCACACCCCAAAAAGUGGAAAACCUGAAAUUCACCAACGUGACAGAAACGUCCGUCCUCCUGAACUGGACCAAACCGGCUGGAAACUUAGAUUUCUAUCUGAUUGGGAUCCAAAAUGGGACGCAGAUUAGGAGUAAGACAGAGGGAAAGAUCAUCAGCGGUUUGAUACCUGGAAACCUUUACACGUUCACUGUCGUCUCAGGAGUCGUUGAUAAAUCCACCUGGAGUGAAAAAACCCAGAUCUCACUAUACACCAAGCCUGGGAGAGUGUUGGAGCUGAAGGUGUCUCAUUAUACCCAUCAUUCACUGCAGCUUAACUGGAAGCAACCGGAGGGAAAUGCCCCCUCUUUCAGGGUUAUCAAUAUAAAUGAGAACAAAACGUUUUUUACUUCAAAAACGGAACAAAACAUCACAGAUCUGCCAAUCGGCUCCAGGAUUACCUUCAGUGUGACAGUAGUGGUUAAUGGUACCAUCGAGGGGGACAGUGUUACCAUUGACGGCAAUACCGCUCCUGGACCGAUUACAAACUUGACAUUGAUCACCACUGACAGAACGCUCAAUGCCUCGUGGUUAUCCGAGGGGAAUUCCGUAUCUUUCACCGUCAAGCUCCUGCUGGAAAACACCAUGAUCGAGAGACGCAUAAAUAAAACAGAGAUCUUCUUCCCAAACCUGAAGACUGCAGCCAAUUACACAGUGACCGUCUACACCUUUAACCGACAUCACAACGGCCAGUCAUUGACAAAGUCCAUAUUCACCAGGCCGUCGCCGCCUACUAAUCUCACAGUAAAAAUUGCCGGUAAACGGAGUAUCACCUUUGAGUGGGAUCCCCCUGCCGACGUAGCAGGAGUCACGUACGCUGUCAAAAUCAACUCCAUCUUCUGGGGCGACACCCAGUCCGCCACAGUGGAUAACAAAAACAGCUACACGUUUAGUGGCUUAAAUUCAGGGACCAAGUACUAUUUCGAAGUGCAAACAAAGGCGGGUACAGAGCUGAGUGAAAAAAAAACGUUGUCACAAUUGACAGUUGCAGAAGAAAGGGAAAUCAGCCUGUCCAUGAUGUGCUCUUCGUCUCAGCCGCUCCUCUGUGAUGGAAAUGCCACAAGGGAAAGUGUAUUUAACAAGUUGAAAACGCAUUUCGACAAUGUCUUGGGGGACAAUAUUUUUUGGAGACUCGAGAAGCUGGACCCCCAAAACAAAUAAGAGACACACUUUUAUUGUAUUUAUUGUCACUGUUUACAUAAUUUUUUCUGUUUUCAGUCUUGGUUUUGCUAUUUUUGUAGAUUAGUGUCGUUAGAAAAUAAUGAAGCUUUUAGAUGUUUGCGAUUUUUAAAUUUGAAUUAGCUGCAGGUUAUACAUUUAAGAUUGAAAUUCUAAAAACAACCAAAAACUAAACUGCUUCCGACUACAAUAACACUAACAUCUUUGUCAUACUUGAUCAUUUUCACUAUUUGUUUUAUUUGUCACAUCAUUUUAUGCAAGUAUUCUGGUAUUUCCACCAGGUAAAGCAGAUGAUAAGAAUAAAGACACGUGUCGUAACACAACAUUUUUUACGUAUUAGGUCAAAGUAUAGAAUAGAAGAAGUCACACAUUAUGAGAAACAACAUUGUGACAUAUACACUCACUCAAAAUAGCAGGAUAAGCAUUUAAAUUUACAUGACUAUUUUCUUCUGGAUGAUUUGUGCUUUCAAAUAUGUGUCUGAUUUAUCUGAAUAAAUAACGUUUUUUUAAAAUGUGA